AUGCCCAAACCAGGAAACCGCCCUAGGCUGAGAGACGAACUUGCUGAUAAGCGACUUAUCGACUUCACCCACGAGGAGCUCGUCGAAGCUGGCUUCGAAGGCGAUGACGUUCCCGAGUCUAUCGCGGCCGUGAUCCGUGCGAUCCGGGAAAUGCCCGACCUUCUGGGCUUCCUGACUGGGGAGAACGUCACAAUCCCGGGCCUUCAAGUUGCUGCCAAAUUGUCCACCCCGGCUCCCAUGUCCCCCACCUCCCCCACGACGAUCGACUCCGGUGACUGGUCGCAAGUCGCCGUCACCUCUGACAGUGCUCUCACCCCCGUCGGCGACGAACUCGUCUCGGAGUUCGAGCGGCGCAACUACUACGUCGGUCUCUGCCCAAACGAUGACGACGUUCCCGAGCUCUACUACCGUACCAGCCUUCAGAAGGCCCCCUUUCCGGCGCCUACCCCCGGGACCAAGUUCUUCAAAGUCGCCAACAAGGCGGCAAACGGGGCGUUCCAUGAGAUACUCACGAGGACUCUCUGGAACAACACCGUUGCUCCCAAUAUCAUCAAGGAGGUACUCGAACCCAGCGGUAUCAAGUACGCAUCGCUCAAGACCGUUCGUUUCUCUUCCUGCGACGAGGAGGGCAAGUCGACACUUGGGCCCCUUGUUAUCUGGAUCGGUACACAGGCCGGAACCACCUCUCCUGAACGCGCCCGUCAGGCCUCCCCCGCCAUCCUCAGUAUUCUCACGAGCCACGGAGUCACUGACGCGGAGGUCGAGUGGUACGGGAGCUGUGUCGACAAGCUGUGA